AUGCAAAGGCCGAAAGAAGGCCUGUGCAACAUUCCUCUUCUCCUGACGCUUGGUUACUCUGCUGUAUACGUCCUGGGGGGACUUGUUGAGCCGCCAUCGGGGCUGGAUAUUGCAUCGACUGUGGUGGUGGGCCUUGUGGUGGAUAAGCCGGCCCUUGAGGAUAUCCAUAGGUCGCAGCUGGCUGGGGCACUUGGGGAGGAGGCCCUGCGUAGUAAUUUGGCGGAGGACCAGGCUAGAGGGUGUUAG